AUACUUAUAUAUCUUCAAUAUACACAAACUUUGCUUCAUUCUCAAUAUACACCAAUAUAACAGGAAUUUUUUUUUAUCUUUCUCUAAAGUCCAUUUGUAAAUGAUCGUGUGUGUUCAUUCCGACAAUUGUCAUUUUCAUCAAACUUCUAAAAAAAAUAUUUCUAAAUUUUAUAUUUAAAAAUAAACAAUUGAUUUUUAUAUGUGUUUUAUAAAUAUAUAUUUCAAUUGUAAAAAAAAAUUGUGAAAGUGUAUGAUUUUGACAUAUAAAUGUGUGUGGGAUGUAAAUAAACGUUGAUAAAUGGAAAUGGAUGCCACAUUGCAUCAAAGAAAUUGUGGAUAAUAAUUUUUUUUUCACGACAUAUUCGUUCAGGAAUCUAGUAUUCAUUGACUGAUGGGCGUUGUGAAAUAUAAUACGAUGCAAUGACUGCUUUAACGGUAGAGAACGUUGAGGAGGAUUUAAAUGCUGAAACAGAAUCAGAGGGGAGUAGCAUUUAUCAAUGUAGUUCUGUCGUCUCGACAGUUCCAGAUCGUCAUGGUUUUUUAGGAGGAUCACAAUACAGUCCAGAGAGGAAACAAGCAAUUUCACCUGAGGUGAUAUUGAGACGUGAACGAAAAUGGAUUCGCAUGUUGAACAAUUGGAAUAUUUUUAUGAGUACAAAUUAUCGAAAGGUAAGAGAGAGAUGUCGAAAGGGAAUUCCACCAUCGGUGCGUUUACGUGCUUGGCUAAAUCUUUGUGGUGGUCAAUUACUUCUCAAUGAAAAUCCAAAUCUCUAUGAGGAAUUAUUAAAUAGACAGGGCGAUCCAAAAUACAUUGAGGAUAUAAAAAAGGAUCUUCAUCGUCAAUUUCCACAUCAUGAAAUGUUCGUUGAAAAUGGUCCUGGACAAAAGGAAUUAUUUCAGGUCCUCAAAGCAUAUUCAAUUUUAAAUAGCAAAGUUGGAUAUUGUCAAGCGCAAGCGCCAAUUGCUGCUUUUCUUCUAAUGCAUAUGCCUGCGGUUCAAGCUUUCUGGUGUUUAGUUGCUGUUUGCGACAAAUAUUUGUCAGGCUAUUACAGUCAAGGCAUGGAAACAUUGCAGAGAGAUGGCGAUAUUCUUUUUGCUUUGCUCAAGAGAGUUUCUCCUGUUGCCUACAAGCAUUUGAAGAAACAAAAAAUGGAGCCAAUUUUGUAUAUGACUGAAUGGUUUCUUUGCGUCUAUACGCGCACAUUGCCAUGGGAAAGUAUUCUACGAAUAUGGGACAUGUUUUUGUGCGAGGGUGUCAAAAUUAUUUUUAAAGUUGGUCUAGUUUUAUUGAAGGGCUGCCUGGGACGAACGUCCAUAACAAAAAAGUGUCCAACGAUGUACGAGACACUUCAGAUUCUUCGAAAUCCACCUUCCGAAAUAAUGGAAGAGGAAGUAUUAGUCUAUGAGAUUCAUAAAUUAAACAUCACCGAAGAGGAUUUCGAAUACGAGCAUCAAAAGCAGAUUCUCAAAAAGAAAAACAAAGAACGAAAAAACGCUUCUUUAAAAAAAAAGGACUGAUUUAUAAAGCUAUCUAGUUUAUAAAGCAAAGAAAAGAAAAAAAAAUAAUACCCGUCACACAAAAAAUGUGCCUUUCAUAAAUGUCGUCUUUUGUACUUGACAUCAAAUUUCGGUGAUUUCUUUUAAUGAACACAUCGAUUAUUUAUUAUAGACAUUAAAAACUUUUCUGGUGAAAAAAAAAUUUUUUUCCAAUAAAUUGAUACCAAAAAAAAAAAAAUGCAAAUACGGCUAAAAAUUACCAUUUUUAGUAUAUAAAAUUAAGAAAUAAAAUAUUAAGAAAAUAUUUUAUUUUCAAUUUGCAAAAUUUAUUCACCGGAGAAGAUUUAAUUUUCUUUUGUUUUAGAAAUAUUUACGUUAUAACC